AUGGAGGCUGUAGAGUCGCCCAAUGCCACGUCCGAGUCUGGAACCCUCAGCCCGGCACACUUCACCCACUCACGCAAGCGAAAGCACUCGGGGUCUACGGACCGUCCCACCCGCGAGUAUGGGUUGAUGCGAGACACGGGCAAGCAUGACACCGCUCGUUUCGUCGGCAGUGGCAGCGGUAUUCACUUCAUCCGGGGUGUUUAUGUGAGGCUCGCCCGCAAGUCUGCUCUCAGGACUUCCCAGGCCAACAACAUCAACGACCUAGUACCUGGCGAAGAUGACCAGCUGCAACGUGAGACAUCGUCUCGUGAUGGCGACGAGCGGAAUCUCUGGCAGGACCAUGAGCUUAUCUUGGAAUCUGAGGGCGAUGAUUCCAGGCCUUCGUUCGAGCAGCUUGUCGAGUGGUCCAAGAGCUACUUCGAAGCAUGGCAUCCGACGCUGCCCUUCCUCAGUGCCCCAGAUGUCCUGGGUCUCUUUGAACAAGUCAGUGCGGCUGGGGUAGCUUCCCUUGGCCACCUUGAACGGUCGAUUGUCAAGUCUAUCUUGUCCAUCUCGCUGGCUGAUAGUCGCCAGAGGGCUCCCUUUGCUCAGCCGGUGCCGAGCUCUCUCGUUUUCUGCACAGUCGAGGACGCAAUGUCAGCCUCACAAUUUGCUCUGUACCAGCCAGCAUCGAUCCAGACGACUCAGACAGCGCUCGCUAUCCAGCUGUUUCUUGUCUCUAUGCUUCGACUCAACUCGGCAUCCCGACUUGGCGGCUUGAUUGUUCGCAUGGCCUUCCACCUUGGGCUUCACCGCUGCCCAUCGAGAUACCCCUUCUUCACCAAAGAGGAGGCCCACAUGCGCCGGCGCGUGUUCUGGUGUAUAUACUGCACAGAGAGGUUUCUCUGCCAAGCUCUCGGUCUGCCUCUAGACAUCCGAGACGAUGAUGUCGAUGUCUGUUACCCUGGUGAAGAAAGGCACGGCGCUCUAUCUGACGGCGAGGACAGCCGGCUGCAAUUGCUCACAUACCUUGUUAAGCAUGCCCGAAUACGAGGCCUCAUCUUGGAGUUGAGGAACAAGUCAAUACACUCCAGGGAUGAUACCGCAGAUCGCUCGAGCUAUGUCCAAGCCGAACUAGCAAAGUGGUCCAAUGAGAUUCAUGACGCCGUGGAGGACGAACCGACCCAGGAAGAGAGCGCUCCUCCGCAACCCAUAUCCUCGGGCCAUAGAGUCUUUCUACUGCUUUUGAAGUACGAGUCCAUGAUCUCCCUGAACCGGCCGAUGAUGACUUCAGACCCCGCGAGCCCGGCUUACUCCGCCGGCUUGCAAAAUUGCAUAUUCGCCGCCAAGUCGAUUUUCAUUGCCUUGAAGAGGCAUCAUAGCCAGAAUAAGAUCCCGACCGACCCGGCUAGUGCCUGUUUACUGGAACCCAUGCUUCAGCCAUCUUUUACAUGGGCAGUUUGGAUCAGCGCAUUCAUCCUGAUAUACGCCGCCUUCGAGAGGCAAUUGCCCUUGGCAAGUGCCCUCAAGUAUGUGUCCUUUCUCUCGAUGUAG